UGAUCUUGCAACGUUUUCGCUGAAGCAAUCAUUGCACGAAGUAGAAUCAAGUGUACUUUUCCGGCGCAACGAUUACUGCAACGAAAGCGUUUCCGAGACAUAUUCCUUUUACUUGUUGUUACAUAAGGCAACGUCUCGCUGAUUCACCUCUCUUUUAUUUUGUAGUAGUUUCUCUUUGGAGUCGCCAUUUUAAAUGGUAAAACUGUACAGAGGUGCGUGGUAAUUUAGUAUCCAAGUCUGAACAUCAUUACUGGCAAUAUUCUAUCAACGAUGUAAAAACAAUCACCUAAACAAUGCUAAAAGAAUUAAUAUCAUAUACCGAAUUAAUUCAUUUGCAACGUAUUAAAAUGAAAAGUUGAAUUGUUUUGAUCUGCUGUUGAUUCUAUAAUUGCCUGAAAAUAAGUUUGUUGUUGAUCUCGAAGAUAAGCCGACAAGUAACCGAACAACCAAAGUUGGAAUAUUUGCAUUUCAGCCAAUAACAAAGCAAAAACUUAAAAACUUCAAAUUGUUUGCCGACAGUACUUUGGCAAAGUACCAUUAGACAAUGGCCUUUUAUUACAGUUAUUCAACAAACGCUUACGAAAAUCCAUUUUGAAGGAGUUGAGUGUGAUAAUUCGGCUUUGGUGGCAUUUCCAACUGGCAAACCAAAGAAAAAGUGCUCCUAGUGUAUUUGAUUCCGCAAUUUCUUCUUCGUUUCGCAUCCUAUUUCUUCGAAGAUCCGUCUGUUUUGUUUGGUUACCAUGAAGUUUCAUUACUUUGACCGAAAGCACUGAAUGUUUUGCCAAACAAAGGUAUCCUUGCGUAAACAAUAAAGCAAUAACUUUUCCAUAUAUUAACGAUCUGUUUACUAAUGCCUGCUGAACAAUGCAGGUUAUUCCCAGCGGUCAUUUCACCUAAGUUAGAUUCACAAUUUCGAAGCUGACUUUGAUGAAUCACCUCUCCCACUAAUUGCACUCAAUUAGCACAUCGAGAAGCGAAAACCUUUUGCAAACAACGCCUUGAUUGAUGUCGUUGUUAUGGAGUGGAAAACCAACUCAAAACAAUCAUUUAGUAAAUUGAUAUUGGAAGAAGAAGAGGGAGCAAUGAAGCCGACGGUUAGCACAAUUUCGAGUGGCUGGAUUCGAUCAGGGAGCGAAUUUCACGGAUUUUUUGAGGCAUCCAAUGAAUUUCUCGGUAUAAGACUUAAAGCGUCAGCCAUUUGUGUAGAAAACUCGAAGUCGUCGAGUAUCAGGUUCAGAAUCCUCAACAAACUUCAAUAUGAACCAUUUUUAGAAGAAAACGAGAGGAGAGUGUCGGACAUAAUACAAAUUUAUCCAAAAGAAUUUGUUUUCGAGCCGUCUGCCGAGCUCGUGUUAAAGCUACCGAGCUGCGUGGUACCGAAAUCUUGUGGCCAGAUGGUUUGCCUCUACUGCAGUAACGUUUGGCUGAGGAAUGGUGUGAAACACCUUAAAUGGAAGCCACUCGAUUCGUUCUGUUUUCACGUGAAUGAAGCGAGGACUGAAGCGAGAAUCUGUUGUAAAAAAAGCGGACUUUAUACGAUUAAAAUUACCCAGCAUCCCCAGGUUACAAAAAAUCUGGAUUCCUACACAGACUGCGAGGUGGAGCUGGCGGAAUAUCCCGGAAUUCAAAUCAAGUUUCCUGUUGGUUGCGUUACUCGCAAAACGCCGGUAACAUUAGAAACAAUUUCCAAUGAGGACUUGUACAAUCUGCAAGCACCGGCCCCAGUCUCCCCAAGAUCAUUGAGUUCGUGGCUUCCACCUCAGAGCUGCGAUCCAGAGGAUCUAGAUACUAACAACAUGGUGGACAUCACAUCCAGUCCUGUUGUCCUCAUACGUCCGUCGAAGUUUCGUUUCACGAAGCCUAUUAAACUCACCCUACCUUUGAUGGGAGAUGAUUUUGAAGAUUUCUUUUCUAGGGAGAGCACCAGGGUAGCAGUGUUACAGAGUAAAAUGUUGGACGAGGACAUAAUCUUAUGGAAACACCAUUACAGCACACCAAAGAUUGAGACCAUGGAAAACGGGUCCAAAGUUGGUUCUUUCUUGAUCACAAGAGGAGGGUUAUACAAACUUGUUCGGCGGAUGACAAACAACAACAUGCGCUAUAUUGAACAAAUAUCUGGUUGCAUUUCAAGGGAACUCCUUUUCCCUACCAGCAACAACACUAAAAACAGCAACUUCGUUACCACGUCCCUUCGAGGGCUCAUGACCAAGAUCGUAGAGCCUGGUAAACAGUUUGUGUUAAGAGUUGCUCUAUUUGACAAUUCACAACUUAAGAAUCCUGACAAAUGCUUUAUUUCUGAAGUUUGCUCCCAGCCGCUGUCUCUACCCUUAGGCAAAACUCGAUUCCUUGUGCGUGGUAGCUUUGAAUCCGACAGGGAUGCCGCUGACCAUACCGAGGAGCGUACAGUUAUGUUCACAGGCAAGACCACGUUUGUUGAUUUCUAUCUGCAGUUUAGGCUCAGUGAUCCGACAAAGCUUCCUGAUGUGAUUGGCAAGAUAUCGGUGCAUGGAGAAGGAGAUGUACAGUUCUACAUCAAUCUUCACAAACCAACACAGAUAGAGGACUUAAAUAAUUUAGAUCAUGACAAGUCAAGAAUACGCGUCAAAAGGAAAAAACCAAAACCGCUACUAAAGCGUCAAACUGUUGCGGAGUUCAGAUCUUUAAGAGAGGACGCUAUCCUCGAGGAGACUGAAGUUUCGUCUUCUCCCGACACAGGUCAAACAUUCCGACACUUAUUUCCGUUUCUUUCCGAACCAGGUAUGAAUCUUUCCGAGGCGCGCGCGUCGUCUUCGAAACUAGCGCAGAGUUUCGAAAAUCUGCCGGAAAUUUCAAGUCAUUCAAGCAAACCUUGCCGCACCAGUUCCUUUCAAACAGACGAGUCAGAGGAGGACUUGGAGGAACUCAGAUGAAGCUAUGCACGUGCAAGAUAAGAGGAAAAGGAGCGAUACUGGUUACUAUUAAGCUACAGCAAGUACAGAGAGGAGACGGAUCAAUGAAGACGUUCAAACCGGUCAUGUUUCGUCCUUGUUAUUUUGGGUCUCGGGUAGAGUUUGAUCCACCAGUCAGUGAAACGACAUACUAUUUCUCUUGGCAUUGAACGCCACAAGGUUAAAUAUAAACAAUGACUACACCUAGGAGCAUACUAUGUCACGUUACUUGACGCCCCUUUCUUGUAAUGUAAAACCGGGUCUUUAUUGCAUCUCCUCCGGAAUCAAACAUGAAAGAUCGACCGAGAAAUUAGCUUGGAAUUAGAGUAAUUGAAAAAGAAUAAUUUUGCACGAAGACUGCUUCGAACUGGUAAAUGACUAAAUUACUUGUGCGCUCGCAGGACUUACUGAGUGUAAGUAUAUCGUAUCAGACUUUUAAGUGUGUACUAUCGCUAACUGUAAAAUAACUGAGAUGCUACGCGCGCUCUCAUUGGUCGAUAGGUGUGCUUAGAUGAGAAAUUUCAUGCCCCAGAAAAUUGCCCAAACCCUCCUCUCAACGAUAAUGGUCUGUCCCUGAAGGAAAUUCCGCGAGAUACUUGUACUAGCCUCGCGCGUUUCGCACUCGUUUCGCUGGGUUGAGUUUCUGAGUAAAUGAUAGUAGCGGACACUCGGCGUAAAUUUUCAGUGGGAAUCUGAUUGCUUCCCCAUUGUUUUCUAUUGGCCUACAGAACACAUCGUGCGCGUGUUAUUCUUGAAAAGAGAAAUUUUCAAAUAUGCACCGCAAUUAAAAGCUUUGGACUGCGAUCCUUUAGAGUGUCUACUACGCAGCUUUCGUUUCGUCUGAGCGAUAAUUCGCGAGCUGCACAUCGUUAACUGUUUGCUCUCAAAAAAUGUCGGACUCGUAAUCUUAUCAUUUAAUGAAUACAAUUCGCACUCGUGCAGAAAGAAUGAACAGUGAGCUUAGAGAAUCUUGUUCGCUUAAUUAAGCUGGUGAAGCUUGAAAUAGUUCCAUUAAAAAAAACCCAAGGCCAAACUUAAUGUGCGCGUUCGAAAACCAGAAUCACCGCAUUACACAGAAGCAACCCUGAUUGCCCUAAAAAAAGUUAACCUCCUACUGAUCACUGACCGAUUUUUUUCCUCUAACUGUUGACUGCACAUACGCAUCGCGCAAUUUAUUCGUGAAAAAUAAAAUUCAUUUGUGCGACCUUUAGUCGCGCCCGUCCCUUAAAUAGCAGACUGAAAACGUGCAAGACUUACUUUAGACUUACAGUCUCCGUCCACGGUUUUGGCUCUUGAUUCUUAAAUCUACGCGCGCUCCGCGGUUUGUUGCGUCCUCUCCCCGCUCAGUAUGCACUAGCCCAGUUUAUUUGGCGCGCGCGCAUAACUGGUACUGUGACGUAGGCUGAGCUUGCGAAGUUUGCUAUCAAAUAACGGUUUACAUAGAAAAAAAAAAAAAA